AUGACACACAACCACAAGAAUGAUGGCUCGAUGGGUAGGUCAGGCAAUUCGGGGUAUUACAGGCCGUCAGCGCUCAGACCAGGGCCAUACCAGGACGCAUUGAAUACGUCAUUUGCACAGCUCUUUGGUGGUCAGAUGCGGGCCUUGAGAAUGAAAAGCUAGGCUGACUUGAGAGAAAUCAACUUGACGUAUGCCGACUUCGCCGCCAUGAAUACGUAUCGUUUCCUAGUGACAUAGAAAAAAGCCGUGAGUGUAAACAAAGCCGUGCUCGGUGUGCUUGAAUUGUCCGAUUUGAAAACAUCGGGAACAGACCGAACGGUUUGACGCUCGGCACCAACGCCAGUGUGCUCGCCGUUCUUUCAGUUGGAUGAGGAAAUACCAUUGCAAUCUUGCGUA